AUGUCUGUCUACACCAAGUUCGCUAUUAUCGGAGCCGGUGGCGUCGGCGGUACAGUCGCGGAUGAGCUGCUCAGGAAGGGCGACGCAGUGUCCGUCGCUAUCCUCACGCGUGACGCGUCCAAGCCGGAGCUGCAGGCCUUGAAGGCUCGUGGUGCCACGCUGCACCAGGUUUCGUACGAGGACGAGGACGCCGUCAAGAAGGUGCUCAGCGGCAGUGAAGUGGCUGUCAGCACCGUGUCGCCCUUCAACAUGGCAUACGGCGUCAAGGUGACGGAGGGCCCGAACGUGACCAAGAAGGAGGUGCAGGACCUGCUGACACAGCACCAGAUCCCCUUCACCAUCUUCUACACGGGUCUCUUUGCCGAGUUCCUGCCCUUCUUCCUGGACUUCCACUACGACGAAGGCUACAUGAACGUGGUGGGCAAGGGCGAGACGGCCUUCAGCAUCACGGCGCGCACGGAUGUGCGUCGCUUCGUGGCUCACGUGCUGUCGACGGCCCCCAAGAGCGCACUGGAAGGCGCCAAGAUCCCGUUCGAGGCCGAGCGUCUGUCGCCUCUGCAGAUCCGCGACCUGGUGGAGAAGAAACUGAACAAGAAGAUCGAGAUCCGCCACGUCGACUACGAGGAGAACAAGAAAAAGUUCGACACGGACUUUGCGGCCUUCCUCACGACCCUCUUCGAGGAAGGGCGCGGUGUGGCCGGCACGGAGCAGGAGGUGCACGAGAGCGUGGCCAAGUUCUUCCCAGACUGGAACCCGGCUAAGUACGAGUCCUUCAUCGCGUAA